CAAAUGUCAUAGAUACGCAGCAGUUAACACUUCCGAUUGGAUCAAAACAUACAUUUUACUCUGGUUUCGUUUUUCAGGUGGAUCUGAAGCGGCGUCUCUGUAGGUGUGGUUGUUCGCUGCGCCCCCUGGCGGUGAUGAGUGUCACCGCAUCUCUUGUUUUUUUUUUUAACUCCGUAUAGUCACGUGACAGCAGCAGGCUUCAAACGGCUGAGUGCGGUGCUGCGCGAGCCUCAUCAUCCUCAUCCAGCAGAACCUCUGCAGCGGCAGAGAGGAGAACCGACCGAACCACCGGGGGUCUUCACCGAGCCUAGGAAGCGGGCUGCAUGGCGGGACCCCGUUAAAACCAGACCCAGAUUUAUCCUCUUUGUUCUAACCCGACGCCUCGCUGUCUUUACGCGCCUCCGCUGAGGAGGGGCCGCCGAGGAGAAGGAGAAGCGCUCCCCAUUUCCGAGCCGAGCGGGAGGAGGCAGGAACGGCUGAGGAGGGAGCUUUUACGCCGGAGACCUGUUUACUUCGGUACCAGCCGAAUGGCGGACCGCGAGGCGUCGCCGAUACCGUUGGAGAUCCGAGCCCGGCUGGCGGAGCUGGAGCUGGAGCUGUCAGAGGGGGACAUCACUCAGAAGGGUUAUGAGAAGAAGAGGUCCAAGCUGAUCAGGGCAUAUGCUGGAGCCUUUCUGCCUGCUUCUGUAGGUAUGGAGGGGCCCAUGUCUCAUCGGGCCCCGCUCGGCCCCCCAGCCGCUGCCCGUUUCCACCGACGGAGAACGUCCGGAACCAGAAAUGAGCGCUACCGAUCAGACGUCCACACGGAGGCGGUCCAGGCUGUGUUGGCGCGACACGUGGAGAGAAAGAUGGCGGUGCCCAUGCCUUCCAAACGGCGUUCUCUGGUGGUCCAGACCUCCAUGGAUGCUUACACGCCUCCAGGUCUGUCACCCCUUUGCUCGGACUCGUCGUCGGGCUCAGAGGAGGAGGUGGGGCCGGGCGACGACAUGACGGGCAUGGAGCACUGGAUGAGCCGCCCCUCUCAGCUUGGCCCCGCCCACCUCGGCUCCACUUCCUCCUCCUCCUCGUCUACGCAGAGCGGAGGCAGCGGGAACGCCGGGCGGCUGGCAGACUCUCUGGCGCACACCCACAUCUCACACCUGGCACACCUGGGGCACCCUCACCUUGGCCAGUCGCUCCACCAGCAGAGCCUCCUGUCGCAGUCGCAUCACGGGAUCGGCCACCUGUCUCUGAAGAGGAAGGGGGUUCUGAGUGUGGCGGAGAACGGCGGGUCUCUGCGGCGGUCCUGCGAGUUCGGAUCCGACAUGUUGUGGCCGCCGCCUCUGGAGUCAGAGGAGAACCACUCGGCGCCUCCGGACGUGACGGGAUACUCGUCGGACUCGUCCCACUCCCACACCGAGCGCCACCACAUGUCCAACAUGGGAACGAUCGCCAGGAGCACGCAGAAGUACGGCAACGCGGAGCGCAUGGAGACGGGCGACGGUGUUCCAGUCAGCAGUCGAGUGUCGGCUAAGAUCCAGCAGCUUGUUAACACGCUGAAGCAGCCCCGCCGACCGCCGCUACGCGAGUUCUUCGUCGAUGACUUUGAUGAGCUACUAGAGGUCCAGCAGCCGGACCCCAACCAGCCUCGGCCAGAGGGGGCGGAGAUGAUGCCGGUGAGGGGGGAGCCGCUGGGUGUGGUCACAAACUGGCCUCUCUCCCUGGAGGCGGCGCUCCAACGCUGGGGGACCAUCUCCCCCAAAGCCCCCUGUCUCACCAGCCUGGACACGGCAGGGAAGCCCCUCUACGUGCUCACAUACGGGAAGCUCUGGUCUCGUAGCAUCAAGCUGGCCUACAACAUCCUCCACAAACUGGGCAGCAAGCAGGAGCCCAUGGUGCGACCAGGCGAUCGGGUGGCGUUGGUGUUUCCUAACAAUGAUCCGGUGGCCUUCAUGGUGGCUUUCUAUGGCUGUCUGCUGGCUGAGGUGGUUCCUGUUCCUAUAGAGGUGCCGCUUAGUCGCAAAGAUGCCGGCAGCCAGCAGAUUGGGUUUUUAUUGGGCAGCUGUGGCGUUACCGUGGCGCUGACCAGCGAUGCCUGCCAUAAGGGUCUUCCAAAGAGCGCAACAGGCGAGAUCCCACAGUUUAAAGGAUGGCCCAAGCUGCUGUGGUUUGUCACGGAGUCGAAGCACCUCUCCAAGCCUCCCAGAGACUGGUUCCCCCACAUCAAAGAUGCAAACAAUGACACUGCUUACAUAGAGUAUAAAACCUGUAAGGACGGCAGCGUGCUGGGAGUCACGAUCACGAGGAUCGCUCUGUUAACGCACUGUCAGGCUCUCACCCAGUCCUGCAGCUACACCGAGGCUGAAACCAUAGUGAACGUCUUGGACUUUAAGAAGGACGUGGGAUUGUGGCACGGCAUCCUGACGAGCGUGAUGAACAUGAUGCACGUGAUCAGCGUGCCGUACUCCCUGAUGAAGGUCAACCCUCUGUCGUGGAUCCAGAAAGUCUGCCAGUACAAAGCCAAGGUUGCCUGCGUGAAGUCCAGAGACAUGCACUGGGCUCUGGUGGCCCACAAAGACCAGAAGGACAUCAACCUGAGCUCGCUGCGGAUGCUGCUGGUGGCCGACGGAUCCAAUCCCUGGUCCAUCUCCUCCUGCGAUGCCUUCCUCAACGUAUUUCAGACCAAAGGGCUGAGAGCUGAGGUCAUCUGUCCCUGCGCCAGCUCCCCCGAGGCCUUGACGGUCGCCAUCAGGAGGCCGGUAGAGGACAGCAGCCAGCCUCCGGGCCGUGGCAUCUUGUCCAUGCAGGGCCUGAGCUACGGAGUCGUCAGAGUGGAUACGGAGGAGCGGCUGUCUGUGCUCACCGUCCAGGACGUCGGUACCGUCACACCAGGAGGCCUGGUGUGUGUAGUGAAGCCGGAGGGCGUCCCUCAGCUGUGUCAGACGGAUGAGAUCGGCGAACUCUGCGUCUGCUCCGUCGCCACCGGAACGUCCUACUACGGCCUGACGGGAAUGACCAAGAACACCUUCGAGGUGUACCCGGUGAGCUCCAGCGGAGGGCUGAUCAGCGAGUACGCCUUCGUGCGGACCGGCCUGCUGGGCUUCAUCGGACCAGGUGGCCUCGUCUUCAUCACUGGAAAGAUGGACGGGCUCAUCAUGGUGAGCGGGCGGAGGCAUAACGCCGACGACAUCGUCGCCACGGCGCUGGCGGUGGAGCCCAUGAAGUUCGUCUACAGGGGACGGAUAGCCGUGUUCUCUGUGACGGUUCUGAGAGACGAGCGGAUCGUGGUGGUGGCCGAGCAGAGGCCGGACUCCACAGAGGAGGACAGCUUCCAGUGGAUGAGCCGAGUGCUGCAGGCCAUUGACAGCAUCCAUGGGGUGGGCGUGUUCUGUCUGGCUCUGGUUCCGGCCAACACCCUUCCCAAGACGCCUUUAGGCGGCAUCCACCUGUCGGAGAUCAAGCAGCUGUACCUGGAGGGGGGGCUGCACCCCUGCAACGUCCUGAUGUGCCCCCACACCUGCGUCACCAACCUGCCCAAACCGCGGCAGAAGCAGCCAGAGAUCGGACCCGCCUCCGUGAUGGUGGGGAAUCUGGUGUCAGGGAAGAGGAUAGCUCAGGCCAGUGGCAGAGACCUGGGACAGACCGACGACAACGACCAGUUUCUGUUCCUGUCAGAGAUCCUGCAGUGGAGAGCUCAGACCACUCCAGACCACGUCCUCUACACCCUCCUCAGCUCCCGGGGGGCGGUGUCCAACUCCCUCACCUGUCUGCAGCUGCAUAAGAGGGCGGAGCGAGUAGCAGCUCUGCUGAUGGAGAGAGGAGGCCUACAGGACGGAGACCAUGUGGCUUUGGUUUACCCACCAGGGAUUGACCUGAUCGCAGCUUUCUACGGCUGUCUGUACGCCGGCUGUGUUCCCAUCACGGUGCGACCGCCUCAUCCUCAGAACAUCUCCACCACGCUGCCCACCGUCAAGAUGAUCGUGGAGGUCAGCCACUCGGCCUGCGUGAUGACCACAGCGGUCAUCUGUAAGCUGCUGCGCUCCAAAGAGGCUACAGCCACUGUGGACAUCAGGAACUGGCCUCCGGUUCUGGAUACCGAUGACCUGCCAAAGAAGAAGCCUCCAGCUCUCUAUAAGCCCACCAACCCCGACGGCUUGGCCUAUUUGGACUUCAGCGUGUCCACGACCGGCAUGCUGGCCGGAGUUCAGAUGUCCCAUAAUGCAGUUGGAGCCUUUUGCCGCUCUGUGAAGCUGCAGUGUGAGCUGUACCCGUCCAGAGAGGUGGCCAUCUGUCUGGAUCCGUACUGCGGACUCGGCUUCGUUCUCUGGUGUCUCUGCAGCGUUUAUUCCGGCCACCAGUCCAUCCUGAUCCCGCCGGUGGAGCUGGAGACCAACCCGGCUCUGUGGCUGCUGGCCGUCAGCCAGCUGAGGGUGCGAGACACCUUCUGCUCCUACAGCGUCAUGGAGCUCUGCACCAAAGGACUCGGCCUGCAGACCGAAGCGCUGAAGGCCCGGGGUUUGGAUCUGUCCCGGGUUCGGGCCUGCGUGGUGGUGGCAGAGGAGAGACCCAGGAUGGCGCUCACACUCUCCUUCUCGAAGCUCUUCAAAGACCUGGGCCUCCACCCUCGCUCCGUCAGCACGGCGUUUGGCUGCAGGGUCAACCUUGCCAUCUGUCUGCAGGGCACUUCAGGACCUGACCCCACCACCGUGUACGUGGACAUGAGAGCGCUGCGCCAUGACAGGGUUCGGUUAGUGGAGAGAGGUUCGCCCCACAGCCUGCCGUUGAUGGAGUCCGGGAAGAUCCUGCCAGGAGUUCGUAUCAUCAUCGCCAACCCAGAGACCAAAGGGCCGCUGGGAGACUCCCAUCUCGGAGAGAUCUGGGUCCACAGCGCUCAUAACGGCAGCGGCUACUACAGCGGCUACGGCGAAGAGGUUCUGCAGUCGGACCACUUCAGCUCCAGACUCAGCUUCGGAGACACUCAGACGGUCUGGGCCAGAACGGGCUACCUGGGUUUCCUCCGCCGCACCGAGCUCACAGACGCCAACGGAGAGAGGCACGAUGCUCUGUUCGUGGUCGGGGCGCUGGAGGAGGCCAUGGAGCUGCGGGGGAUGAGGUACCAUCCCAUUGAUAUCGAGACCUCCGUCAUCCGCGCACACAAGAGCAUCAUGGAGUGCGCCGUCUUCACCUGGACCAACCUGCUGGUGGUGGUGGUGGAGCUGGAGGGCUCCGAGCAGGAAGCCCUGGACCUGGUUCCCAUGGUGACCAAGGCGGUGCUGGAGGAGCACUACCUGAUCGUGGGCGUCGUCGUGGUGACGGACAUCGGCGUCAUCCCCAUCAACUCCCGCGGCGAGAAGCAGCGCAUGCACCUGCGGGACGGCUUCCUGCAGGACCAGCUGGACCCCAUCUACGUGGCCUACAACAUGUAGCCUGGCUGUCUGUGAGUGUGUGUGUGUGUGUGUGUGUGUGUGUGUGGGAGAGAGAGAGAGAGCAUGUGUUUGUGUGCUGCUCAUAUCGCCGUCGUUGUUCAUUAAUUUCCCAGAAAUCCAGAUGUACUGUAUUUUUGAGUGUUGAUUUGAUGUAUUCUGCAGUCGACCGUUUCUUUAAGGUCGUGUCGUGACGAUCGGUUGAUUCUGGCUGACCGACCGAUCGUUUUUAAACCCUCGCUGGACCCCGUGACCAAUAGGAAGCCUUAGAGGAACACUGUGUUCAGUAAGACACGCCGUCUUUCAGCAGUUUUAACCGACCGACAAGACCGACCCCGUUACUGGAAAACCCUUGGAUCUGUGGUUCUGUUUCGAUUAGAACAUUAGGGGCAUCAGAUUAUUGUAAAAACUAUAAAUACUGUACAUAAACAUAAUAAUCUAUAUGGAGAGGAACUAAAACACAGCGAGGUGUAGUAGCCCCUAAAUGCAGCUCUCUCCACCCGCACCCUGAGUGUGUGUGUGUGUGUGUGUGUGUGUGUGUGUGUGUGUGUGUGUGUGUGUUCACUCAUCUGUGUCGAUGUGCGACAGGAACAUUUUCUGUGCUCUUAAACACAGAUUCUAUUCUAAGAUGAUCAAAGAAAAACGUUUUAAUCUGCAGAAAAACAACAACUGUGUGAAUCGGCUGCAGCUUUCUUCUGUUUCUCUUCAACUUGGAAACGUUUUGCCACGAAAAGCUUUUUGGGUUUUUUUUGUCUCAGAAAUGAAGGGAAAAAAGUGGUCGAUUCAAACCAAAAAAUGCUGCAAAUUUCAACAGAUACAACAUGUCUUUAUAUGAGUAAACUCAGAAAUUCAGUCCUGAAGCACCAAUAGCAUCUCGCCGAGCAAAGUGCACUGUGUGAAUAUAACAGAAAUAGAAUUAUUAUCAUUAUUUAAAUAAAGUUUUAGAGAGAAUACAUCUUCAGCAUCCAGAUGUUACUGCAGACAUUUUACAUCUGAACAAGAAUGAACCAAAAUACUUUAUUAAAAUAAACGUUUUAUUGUGUUUCUCCGAAUAAGAUGAUUUAUUUGCAGAUUUCUUUCAAAUGAAAUAAGUUAAAUCAAAUGUGAGCUAAACCUAACUCGGUGGUUGUUUUCAUUUCAAUAAAACAAAUGAUGUAGCUGCAGGUUCAAAGGUAAAGUCUGUCCCGGCAGAAACAUCUGGAAGCUGUGGGGAUGAAGGGGAAGAUGAGGUUUACAAAGAAAAGCUCCUGUUGUAGCAAUAAUCAUCCAAAGAUUGUUCUUUACUGGUUCUGUGGAUUCCUGACAGCAUCUUCUUCUCAAUACUCAAUAUCUCUUUAACAUGUAGAAUCAUAUCCAUACAUUUAUACAUAAAUGUUUUAAUUGGUUUCCUUUAAAAUGGACAAAAAAACUCCUGCUGGUUAAAUGCUGGCUGUUAUUUGCAAUCGGUGCCACUAGAUGGCACUACAUCCUUCAGAUUGGACCUUUAAGAAGUGAAACAGGUUACUGGAAGAUUACUGGUUUUCCUUUCCAUUUUAGUGACUGGAAUGGAAAACAUUGCCAGUCUUCUGCUACCUGCAAAUGCACCUGGUAGAUGUUUAACUUUUACCUUGAGAGGUCAGCCUGUAAGACUCUAAUGUCACAGUUUUAACAGAAAAAAUAAUCUUUUAUUUCUUUAAUCUGUUUAAAGGAAUCCAUGAAAGUUGCAGGAUUUUUAAUUCAAACAAUAUAAAAAUGCUGUUUAUUUGUUCACCAGUUAGAAAUCUGCAUAAUCUGGAUGAGCAAAUUCCCUGCAAUAUAAUUUAAUCUGCAUCGUAAAAUGUUUUAGUAAUUUCUUUUUUUAUUUUGUCACAUAGAAUUUUUCAUAAUUGACAACAUAUUUCUUCUAAAAAUAAAUCAUUAAUUAAAAAAGAUGUUUUUUUGGUUUGUUUUGAGCAGGAAUCCUCAGUAAAGAACAUCCUCGGAGCUACCGGCUGAUGUGCACUGAUUUCCUGAGGUUAUAGAAGAUUUAACAGAUGAUAAAAUAAAUCUAUGAAGAGUUUAAAUAAUAUCUGUUUAUGCCAGGACUCCUGGGAGCCCUGCUGACGCUGCAGGUGGUGUAGAGUGUUUUACUCAGAGUUUCGAUGUUUGGAUAAAUUUAGUUUCACGCCUGCGGGUAAAUAAUGUGACAUUAUCUUAUCGCUUUUUGUUUCACAUCAUUGGGAGAAACACAUUAUGCAUAUCAGAGGUUUGUUGGUAGCAGCGUAGCGAUCGCAUCCCAUCAUAUACCAGGAGGAUGGGUCUGUGUUCAGGGCUGAAUGGGAGGGAGGCUGCACGUGUGUGGGUGUGUGUGUGUGUUGUAUGUAAAUAGUGUUGAUUUUGUACGGUUAAAGUGUGUGUGUGACUUGUUUUGUACACAUGAUGAAAAUAGGAAAUGACACUUUUAUAAGAGCCAGCUACUGGCUCCCUGUCACAUUAUACAGUGCAAUAAAGUGCUUUGAUUGGCUACAA